AUGACGCUACCGCUCAGCCUAUCGGUUUGCCGAGGUGCCUGGAUAUCUCACUUAUUCUUCACCUCGACCUCCCCCCGCCACCUGUCAAUCUUCAUCUUUUCUAUCCAAGAUUUGGAACGCUUUGUUUACCAAGAGAAACCCUCUGCGCCUUCGUCUUUUCAUCAUAUCAUUACGCCCUGCUUGGUCUUUCGGUGGUCUUGUCUUCUGAAUACUUUUGUCAAACCCAUCUACAAACGCGUCUCACGGAUCCUUUGGCAUUUCAUCCAUCCACUGUAUCGAAGACUUUAUCUGCGCGCUCAUUCAUCAAUCAUGUCUUUUCCGAACCUGGACGCCAAAUCAAUCGUUGAGCUCUGGGCACAGUGUAGGGAAGAGCUUGCGCGAAACAAAGCACUGAUGCAAAGCUAUCCUGAUGAGACCAUGAGUGAUCCUGAUCGGACCUUGACUGAUCCUGAUAUGGCCUUGAGUGAUUGUGCCAUGGCCUCCCCUAUCAAUACUGAUUGCACCAUGGCCUCCCCUGUCAAUGCUCCUUGUGCAGAUUCAGACUCGGGCGUGGAUCUCCCUGACGAUAUUUCGAUGCAUUCUGUUGACGACGUUUCCUGUGCGAAUCAAGAUCAUCUGUCGGGCGAUUCUGAGUCAGACUUCUUUUCCAUGGGAGAGUACUUCCACGAGUAUUACACCGAGAUGCUUGGCCCUAAAGGAUUACCUGGCCUUCGGCUUCACUUGCGUUGCACCCGUAUCUUCAACUCGUUCUCUUUUGCGACCAGCCCCGAAAAAAAUAGCGAGAGCCAGGAAGAUCAUAGGACGGAGAAAGGAAACAUAUUUGAAGGCUCAUUUACUAACGACAAUAUCGAGAUGAUGUUUGUCUCCGGAGAAACAGCAGAGCCGUCUCCUGAGACUACCACUUUGAUUGAAGACAUCACCCGCCAACAAGUGGUCGAAAUUCUUACCCGCAGCACGGCAUUGGCAACCCGCCGCGGAGUUCGCUCGAUCUCUACUGACGACCUAAUUUUCCUGAUUCGCCACGACAAGGCCAAGGUCUCCCGUCUGCGAACCUUCCUGUCCUGGAAGGACGUCCGUAAAAAUGUAAAGGACUCCGACGACAAGGGUGGUGGUGACGCCGCCGACUUCGCUGCCGCCGACGAUGCGGCUGGUGUUGUUGCAGGCCCCCAAGACGUGGCCCCCAAGCCCAAGAAUAAGCGCGCCAAGGUCGGACUUGCGUGGGAUGUCAACAGUUUCUUCUCAGUUCAGGUUCCCGAGCGCGAAGAUGAGGAGGAUGAAGAAGAGGAGGAGCAGAACUACGCGACGCUCCAGCGUCUUGCUGCUGCCGAUGAGCGCACCCGCCACAUGACAAAGGAGGAGUAUGUAUUUUGGUCCGAGUGUCGCCAGGCUUCCUUUACCUACCGCAAAAGCAAGCGUUUCCGUGAGUGGGCAGGCUUCGGCGUUGUGACCGAGUCUAAGCCAAACGACGACAUCGUCGACAUCCUCGGAUUCCUCACCUUCGAGAUUGUGCAGACCCUGACCGAGGAGGCGCUCAAAGUAAAGGAGCGCGAAGACAAUGAGAAGCACCGUCGCGGAGGCGCCGAAGCCGGUGAGAACCUCAAGAAGCGGAAGCGCGAGACCGGCCUGUUCGACCCGCCCGAGGAGGGGCGCACUCCCAUCGAGCCACGACACGUUCGCGAGGCCUUCCGCAAGCUGCAGGCUACUCCCCAGAGAUCCAUCGCUAUGCUGUUGCACAAUGGUCGUGUUCCUUACCGCCAACCUCUUGCUUUGAUUUAA